AUGGCCAACAACCGCACCUACGAGGAGUACGAGCCCGCCGUCGAGUGGAGCCGCUCCGCCGAGGCCGACGCCGUCAAACUCUGGCUCCAAGGCAAGCAAUCGAUCCCUUGGUUUUUUUUCUGCGUCGAGCGAUUACUGCCAUUGAAAUCGAUCGCUGGGGCUGCAGGGUUCAAGAGGGAGGACAUCCGCGUGCUGGUGGACAACCACGGCCACCUGCGGACGCGCGGUGAGCGGCCCAUCGUCGCCAACAGGUGGAGCCGCUUCCACAAGGACUUCGAGCUCCCCGCCAACUGCAACGCCGACGGCAUCCGCGCCAAGUUCGAGAACGAGAGGCUCACCAUCACGCUCCCCAAGAACGCCCCCUCGCCGCCCAUGCCGGCGCCGCCAAGGAGGCCGCCCAUGCCGGCGCCGCCGCAGAUGCUUCCGCCGCCGCCGCCGGCGGUUCCUGAGCCAGCGGCGAGGCCUACCGGCUCGCCGCCCACGGUGCCGGCGGCGCCGUUUGCUCCUGCUCCUUCCGUGAAGCCGCCAGUCGAGCCCAGGCCGUCGAUGCCGAGGAAGCCGUACGCUCCCGUGCCGGCACCGGCACCGGCGCCGCCGCCGGAAGUGGAACAACUUGCAACCACCAAGCCCCAGUCGCCGCUGGGGGCUGUUUCAAGGCCGAAGGAGGAGGUGGAGAAGCAGAUGAGGAAGAGGGAGGAAGAGGGGAAGAUGGCUGAGGACAGGAAGCAGGAGAUGGUGCAGGAUCAGAAGGCAACGGAGCAGCAGCAGAAGGAUGCAAUACUAGCAGAGAUGGCGUUGGUGAACCAGCCCAGUCCGGCCUCGGCGAGCCGCGGCCUGCUGGUGAACGUGGCGGUCGUGGUGGUGGUGCUCCUCGGGAUCACCGUCUACGUGUGGCACAGCCUGAGGAACGCGACCGGAGGCGCCGGCGAGCACGGCCACGGGCACAUGAGGGCCGGCAGCUACCGCGACGAGAUGUAA